AUAUUUUCAAAUAUUCAAUCUCGUUUUAUAUACGUAAGAGCAGAUUGAUUCGUACAUUUUGAUUGGUCAACCCCCCAAGAACCGUCUGGGCUCUGUGAUUUUCUUAACAGACAACAGAUUCAAUGGAAGGAUUAGCUGUGAUCAGAGCAUCGCGACCGUCGAUUUUCUGUUCUCUUCCAGGUCUCGGCGGCGAUUCUCAGCGACGACCUUUAAGCGACGGUUUCCUCAGGCUGCCGGCGUCGUCGUCGAAUGUGGCGGAUAACCCAAAACUAUUGUCGAAUUCUGCUUCUUUUCAUCAUCCAAUCUCCGCCGUCAAUGUUUCUGCUCAAGCUUCCCUCACCGCCGAUUUUCCCGCCCUUUCAGAGUUGAAUCUAAAAGAGAAGAGAAUCAACGGAGAAGAGAAACCAGAUAACAUCGUGUGGCACGAGAGUUCCAUUUGCAGAUGCGAUCGACAACAACUUCUUCAACAAAAGGGUUGUGUCAUUUGGAUCACUGGUCUCAGCGGUUCAGGUAAAAGCACUGUUGCUUGUGCUCUAAGUAAAGCAUUGUUCGAAAGAGGCAAACUUACUUACACACUCGACGGCGACAAUGUCCGUCACGGCCUUAACCGCGACCUCACUUUCAAAGCAGACGACCGUACCGAAAACAUACGCAGGAUCGGUGAGGUGGCUAAGCUGUUUGCUGACGUGGGCGUUAUUUGUAUAGCAAGUUUGAUUUCUCCUUACCGGAGAGACAGGGAUGCUUGCCGGUCGUUGUUACCGGAUGGCGAUUUCGUUGAGGUUUUCAUGGAUGUUCCUCUUUCUGUGUGCGAGUCAAGAGAUCCAAAGGGUUUGUACAAGCUCGCACGUGCCGGCAAAAUCAAAGGCUUCACCGGAAUCGAUGACCCUUACGAGGCACCGUUGAAUUGCGAGGUAGUGCUGAAACACACGGGAGACGACGUUUCUUGUUCGCCACGUCAGAUGGCUGAGAACAUCAUCUCUUACCUGCAGAGCAAAGGUUACCUUGAGGGCUAAGUCAAGUCUGAAAAAAAUUUAAAGACAAAAAACAAAAACCCCAACUCGUCGAAUCUAAUUAAAUUUUUAUAAAUGGUUAAAUGAUUGCUCUCUCACAUUCCCUCGGAAGCUUGAGACCUUUACGACGUCGUCUCGCUCCGUCAUGCUAUCAUUUGUUCUUGGUUUGUGUUAAACUCGGAAGCCAGAUGAAGGGGAAAUAUUUUUAUUUUUUAAAAAUAGCAUUUACUUAGUUAGUUAAUAAAGAGUUGCUUUUGCUCCAAUGUUAUCGAUUGUGUUGUAUAAUAUGUUUUAAUAAAAUGAACUUCGUUGUAUUUUUUUUUUUUGCUAUGACACAUUGACACUUCGUUGUAUUUUACUUGUCUUAGUUAAAUUCCUUUUAAAAUA